AUAUCAUAAAUUCAUACCCCUUUUUUGGGUGGGAGAUAAACCAAAGAGAGUUUGCCUCUUUUUCUCUCCAUCUCUUCAUUUUCUCUCUCCUCUUCACCCUGGAUGCUUUUGAACAACCAACAUCAACAAACAACACAGUUUCUUCUUCUUCUUAAACCCUUAAUUUUCAAUUUAGGCAAUUACCCAGAAGAAGAAUUGAAGAGGAAUCGGGUGUAGCAUAAGCAGAAGCGUCCGCAAUUUUGGAGAGAGAAAAUUGAGAUCGUUUUUUUAGGAAUUUUUUUAAUUUGGGGGUGAUUUUAGGGUAAUUGGGUUCUGGGAUUUUCUGGGUUUGUUUGAUUUUUGUUUGUUAUUGUAAUGGAUUCUACUCAAGUUUCGUCAAUUGAUUUGAUUGAGAAGGAAAAGGAGGCGGCGUUGGUCAACAAUUAUGUUUCAUUGGUCGACCCUUUUCUCAUUGAAGCUCUUCAAAACCCUCGUCAUCGUUUAACCAUUCUGCGUAUGGAGCUCGAUAUUCAGAAAUUCUUACAGAAUCCAGAGCAAUUGCAGUUUGAGUUCCAACAUUUCCCUACUUCCUAUUUACGCCUUGCGGCACACAGGGUUGCUCAGCAUUACGGUCUGCAGACCAUGGUGUUGGACAAUCUUGUUGAUGGGGCUGGAACUAAAAUCAUGGUUAUGAAAACAGCGGAGAGCAAGUACCCAUCAGUUUGUUUAUCAGACAUACCUAGACAGUCAGAUAACAACAAACAUGAGAUGGUCAAAAUUGCUAUCAGGCGUAGGCCUUGUAGAUCAUCUUCUGGUGCAGGUGACAUGGAUCUUAAACGAAACUCUGUAAGGAGCGUCGAAGAGAGGAAGGAGGAGUAUGAUAAGGCAAGAGCUCGCAUCUUUAGCAGUCCAAACAGUCCUACGUCAGAUGAUACAUCAUCGCAGGUGUCAGGGGAUGGGAAAAGUUUGUGUCCAAGCAAGGAUGAAAUGGGUGGAUGCCAGAACUUUAUCAAUGAACCGGAGAAGAGUGUCAGUGUCAGGGACAUAGGAACUUCUUCUCGUGUUGCUGCCAUCUUCAAAGACAGAGAAAAAGAUCGAUAUGAUCCAGAUUAUGACCGUAGUUAUGACAGGUAUGUUAAAAGCUUUCCUACCGGUCAGAGGUUUAUGCUUCCUUUCAGCAUGCCCAAGUUUCAGCCUCCCUAUGUGCAGUAUGAUGCUGCUUUUCCUCAGAUGGGUCAAAUCCCAAGAGCACAGAACGCCCUCAACUAUGGUCCAUCAGACCCAAGUAUGAAUCAUUAUUGUGCCAUGGGAUUAAAUCAACCUUCCAGAGAUGCCGUUUACAUGCAGUGGCCCAGUCCUGCUAUGAUGUAUGCACACUCAUAUGAUCAGUUUAGACAUUCUGUUUUCCAGGCUCCAUUCUGUCAGCAGCCACUCAGCUUCGACUACUCGCAGAACAUUUGACAGCUUGACUGCCAUUCUAUGGUGGUGAAUGGAUGAUUUGCUACCUGUUUCGUUAGGUCUAUAUCAUUACUUCUUACUAGGCUCCAUGUUUAGGGUCAUUUUGUUGAAUUAUGUGGAAAACUUAGUCUGUGUGCUACUUAUAUUUCGUUUAAAAAUAGGACCUUUCCUAGCUUUCAGUUGAUACCUGGCGACUUAGCCAUUUCUUAGUCUUAUGUCCAAAGAUUCAGAACUCUUUUCAGGUCGACUUUGUAGUAAAAUCAACUAAAUUCGUUCAUCACUCUCCUUUUCCAUAACUUAUGUUACUUUCUGCCAGGCAGUAGAAUAUUGUAUGACAUUCUAUAUUGUACGGAUUUAUCUUAUUUUAUUGGACUACCAGUCUCA